CUUUCGAUGUGUGCUUCUAAUGCGUGUUUCGUAUACAUGGUGUUUUUGAAAUUUUUCGUGUACUUAUGUUAACUGCAGUUUGAUUUCAAGCGACAGAUGUGGCGCCUAGCUAAAGUUUUAAAAGACACGAGACUGAUCGUGAAAGAUCGCUCCUCUUCCUAUCUUUGGAAGGCUGUUCGCAACGAAUCAGGCACCUCUUCAGAUGUGAAAGAAGUUCCCUAUAAUACUUUGAAGACAGAAGACAAGCGAGCUCCAGACAGAGUCCCAGCAGAAGCUGAUGUUGUUAUCAUUGGUGGAGGUUCUGUUGGAUCCAGUACGCUUUACCACUUAACCAAACUUGGGGUAAAAAAUGCUGUCUUGUUAGAGCGUGAUCAGUUGACAUCAGGAACAACCUGGCAUAGUGCUGGGUUGGUUUGGAGGUUACGUCCCAGUGAUGUGGAAGUGGAAUUGCUGGCAGCCACAAGAGUGCUUGCAAGGGAUGUCUUGGAACAAGAGACUGGACUUUGGGCUGGAUGGAAUGAAAAUGGAGGAUUGUUCAUUGCAAACAAUAAAGAACGAUUGGAUGAAUACAAAAGGCUCAUGACACUUGGAAAGGUUUAUGGUGUUGAAUCAUUUGUUCUGAGUCCCAAAGAGUCCAAAGAACUUUAUCCACUGCUGAAUGUGGAUGACUUGUAUGGAACCCUCCACAGUCCUGGUGAUGGAACUAUUGAUCCUGCUAGUUGGGCUACUUCACUUACAAGAGCAGCCAUAAAGAAUGGUGCUAAGGUGUUUGAAAACUGCGCUGUUACUGGAAUUCAAACAGAAGUCAGUGACUUGGGAAUUAAACGAGUUUCUGCAGUAGAGACUCCAAGCGGUACCAUCAAAACAAACUGUGUUGUCAACUGUGCAGGGGUGUGGUCACCAUAUGUUGGUUCUUUGUGUGGUGUCAGUGUCCCUCUGGUUGCUAUGUACCAUGCAUACGUUGUAACAGAGAGGAUCGAGGGAAUUCAGAACAUGCCUAACGUCAGAGAUCAUGAUGCCUCAGUUUAUCUCAAGCUCCAGGGAGAUGGCUUGUCUGUUGGUGGAUAUGAGCAUAAUCCAGUAUUCUGGGAUGAGGUCAGCAAUAAAUUUGCAUUUUCUCUAUUUGAUCUUGACUGGGACAUAUUCAGUGCUCAUAUUGAGGGUGCAUGCAACAGAGUCCCAGUCAUAGCGGAAACGGGUGUCAAAUCUACUGUCUGUGGACCUGAAUCAUUUACUGCUGAUCAUAAACCACUGAUGGGGGAAGCUCCAGAGCUUCGUGGCUUUUACCAUGGCUGCGGAUUCAAUUCUGCAGGUAUCAUGCUUGCUGGAGGGUGUGGCCAAGAGCUGGCACGUUGGGUGGUUCAUGGUCACCCUGAACUUGAUAUGUAUGGAUAUGAUAUCAGGCGCUUCCAUUCAUCUAUAACACCUAAUCAGAAAUGGCUUAGAGAAAGAAGUCACGAGUCCUAUGCAAAGAACUAUUCCAUGCUUUUCCCACACGAUGAGCCCCUCGCUUCCAGAAACAUGCGAUGUGAUCCUUUUCAUCAGGUUCUGUUAGACAGAGGGUGUGUCUAUCAGGAGCGCCAUGGCUGGGAAAGACCAGGCUGGUUUGUUCCUAAUGAAGUAGCUGAGGUUAGGGAGUAUGACUACUAUGGAGCUUAUGAUGUUAAAGAACACAAAGACUAUAAAUACAAUGAGUUACUGGGUCAUGACUACACUUUUGACUUCCCACCACAUCACGACAUUAUUGGAAAGGAAUGCCUUGCUUGUAGAGAGAGGGUAGCUGUUUUCAACAUGUCCUACUUUGCUAAGUUUUAUAUGACUGGACCCGAUGCACAGAAGGCUACAGACUGGAUUUUCACAAAUAAUAUGGCAAAACCCCCAGGACGUACAACUUAUACAUGUAUGACAAACAAAGAUGGUGGCACAGAAGCUGACAUCACAGUGAGUGUCUUGGAGAAUGGUGAUGGAUCAAGUAUCAUAAAACCAAAAUUUGAGGGUGAUGGAUUCUACAUUGGUGUUGGUGGUGGCAUUGGUCAGCAUGGUUGGUGUCAUUUACAAAAUAUUCUUCAAGACAAACAGUACAAUGUUAAGUUUGAAGAUCAUUCAGAGAAAAUGGGCAUGUUGAGUGUUCAAGGGCCCAGAAGUCGCGAGCUGCUUCAGUGCCUGACCUCUGCAGAUCUCAGCAAUGAUGCAUUUCCUUUCUCUACGCACAAAAUCAUCAAUGUUUCUGGCCAUGAUGUUCGUGCCCUGAGAAUCACUUUUGUUGGUGAACUUGGUUGGGAGUUGCACAUCCCAAAUGACUCCUGUAUACCUGUUUACAAAGCACUUAUGGAAGCUGGUAAAGAGUUUGGUCUUGUCAAUGGUGGCUACAGGGCCCUUGACUCACUCAGUGCUGAGAAAGGAUAUAAACACUGGCACCAGGAUCUACGGCAUGAUGACACCCCACUUGAGGCUGGCUUGGGAUUUACCUGUAAACUGAAGUCAGGUACCCCGUUCCUUGGGAGAGAAGCUCUUGAAAAACAAAAAGCUGAGGGUCUCAAAAAGAAACUAGUUUGCUUUACUAUUGACGAUCACAAAGCUCUUUUGGGUCUUGAAGCAAUUUGGCGAGAUGACCAAGUGGUUGGUUUCAUCCGAAGAGGAGAGUUUGGAUAUGCUAUUGGCAAAAGCCUGGCUUAUGGAUAUGUGAGAGAUCCCAGUGGAAAACCUGUCACAACAGAGUUCUUGAAGACAGGAAAAUAUACCAUUGAAUCUAUGGGAGAGCUGUUUCCUGCCAAAAUACACCUGAAAGCACCAUUUGAUCCAAAAAAUCUUAGAGUACAAGGAAUUUAUGAUGAUGAAGCCCUCCCAAGUUAGAGCACUGCUUCCAAUUGAUUCUGACAUCAUAAAAAACUUGUGCACAACUUUUGAUACUAUAUUCUAGUUGGUUAUCAUUUUUUCUUUUUUUCUUUUGUUGUGGGGCAUAACAAGAGUGAGUGAAAUUGACAAUUUCUUGCAUACAUAUGUAGCAAAUUUAACUUGUAAUAUCCAAUCAAAAUCAAAACUGAUGUAGAGUUUUUGUGAAUUCCAUUUGGUUUCUGACCAAAUCCAAUGUUAUUCUUGUGACUACAUACAUACACUUUCAACUAAUCAAGCGGUGCUAAACCUUUCCAUGUUGAGAAUUAAUGCCUGUUAUAACUACAUCCAGUAAAGUGGCAGAUCAAAGAAGGGCCUCCCUUAAGUUUAGACUGCCGAACUACCUUAAAUACUUUUAAAGGUCAACUUUAUUAAAGCAGUUCUUUUGUUAUGUUUUUCAAGGUCAAAAUUCCACUUUGUUAGACUGACUUAGUGUAUUACAAUGGAGCAAUUAGUUAUAUUUCCUAAAAUUGUAAAUAGAAUAUGUGAACAUGUUUGCCAGUGUGGAAGGCAUCUCUGUCUCUGUACGAGACAAAAAAUAAUAAGCUGAUGAGCUAGUAUGGCAUAGUUUAGGGUGAAAUAAAAGUCAAACAGAUAGAAAAAAAAGACUUUUUUUUUUCAUUUUACUUCUUUGGUAAAGUAUGUUUGGCUUGUACAGCAUCAUUUAAGAAAAGUGUUCAUAAGUAAAUGAACUUGACCCAGUUGUUCAAAGGAUGGAUUACGCUAUCCAGUGCAUAAACAACCUGGUGGAUAAGCAGUAAUGUAGCAUACUCCACAAUCCGCCUGGUAAAGAUUUAUGUAGUGGAUGGCAUUAUCUACCCUGAACUCUCAUAAAGCUACCAGGUAAGAAAAAAAGGAAUUUCAUUUUACUUCCCUUACUAAAAUUGAAAAGGAUUAAUUUUGUAACUCUGAGGUAAAAAAUGUGGUAUCUCCAAGCAAAUAGUCAACAGCAGAACACUUCCCCCUCCAAAAGUUAUGAAUAUUUAUUUCAAAAUAACUGAAAAGUCAGGUUCUAUAUUUUAGAGUGUAUUCACCACUAAUAAAAAUUAUAAACAUCAUUUAGUGAUCAGAAAAAGGGUGUCUAAAUAUACAACACAGGACUCUGGUAAAAAUAAAGGAGCAGAUACGUUGCCAGAUAAUAGUUUCCCUUUCUUUAAUUUUUAAUUUGGCUUUUGCAAUCUGUAAAGAGAUGCUAUUGGUAGAACCUAAACUUGUACUUUAAUUUGCUGUUCA